GCCGUUCAGUGUUUCCGUGAAACCGUGUUUUUCAGUUCCAGGCUUCGGAUUCCCCUGUGGUAUCAAUGCCGGUCGGAUAGCAAAGCAACCUAACAAGACAGUUCUGCUCCCAGCCUAAACAAGCAGAAAGUGCCUUAGCUGAGCUGAGCUAGUAGUUACACUUUCCGUGUGUUUGCAGGAAAAUAAUGCGAUUAGUUUAUACCUACGUCUGUUAAAGCCAGGGACCCAAGUUUACCAACUGUAAAACAGUUGGUUGGGACUAAAACUACUGAUUGGCCGGCGAGCUGUAGGCACCAGUGAAAUCGCCUGCGAGUGUUGCAAUUCACGCACCCUCACGACACAAAACUGGUUUUUCCCAGCCAACUGUAAAACACUUGCCCCUGGUUCUAGAAACUUGGGUCCCUGGCCGGUCGAGUAGCAUCACCCAAUUAACUUCCGUCGAAACAGGAAGAUGAAUGUGCGAGCGAGCCGCUCCUCGGAGUGGCAAUUAGACAGGCAGGAGAAGGAGCAGGGAGAUUCAGGGCGGCUGGUAGGGUUUAGGGAGGAGAAAGUACAGGGAGACUUAGGGUGGCUGGUAACUAGGCAGGAGCAGAAACGGAGAAUAUUAGGGUGGCUGGUAGAUGGGCCGGAGCAGCAACAGAUACAUCCGCGAUUAGAGCAUCGUAUUUAUAACGGGGAGGAGCAUAUUUAUGGCAGGGAAAGGGAUUUGUAUGAUAGCCAGGAGGAUGCGACGGUCGGGGAGCCACGCGCGGAAGCCGGACCUUCCAUCUUCUCCCGUUCGUUUCCGUCUGUGCGACGACAGCUGUCGCACGCUCGAGCUCAAAGGCCGUCGCAAUCGAAGUCCCCGUCGCCAUGUCGCAUAUCAUGUCACAUGCGACGACGCCAUUAUUCCUCGUUACGAAAUGACGGAAAACACACCUCGAGGCCGGCGGCUUGGUCACCCUUCGUUAGAAGAACAUCGAUUCUCGUCCUUUUAAGGCUCCUUAUAAGCGUAUUCAGCAUCCAGUCUUCUGUCGGGUGGACAGCAGCCGACGGAGGGGAACGGCUAGGACCAGCAGCAGCAGCGGUUGGAGCGGAACGGCUAGGAGCAGCAGCAGUGGUCAGAUGGCGUGCGGAGCGGCAGUUGAUGAUAGCGUCGAGAGCAGGAGCGGCAGCAGCAGCAGCAGGGGGGUGGGUGGGGACACCAGGGUCGACUGGCGGUUCUAGUACAGGAGGCUUGCUUGCGGGCGAGGGGAGAAGUGCAGAAGUAGCAGGAGACGGGGGUGGUGCUUUGAGGAGCAGGAGGCUGGCGGCCGCACAGCCGCCGUCACAGGAAGGCUUCGUGAGCGUGGACUGUGGGUACAUGGGGUCGUCUGGCGCCAGCAACCUCGGGCUCAAGUGGUUACCAGACACAGAAGCACCGGGCGGCAGUGUGGCGGUUAUCACUCAAGUCCCGGACGAGCUGGUGGGGGUGGUGACGGUGGAGCAGACGCUGAGAGUCUUUGACGACGAGAAGCCCUUCAACUGCUACCGGAUUCCGCUGAUUGCUCCAGGUCGCUACCUGGUGCGCCUGACCUUCUGGUACGGCAACUACGACAGCAAGAACCUGCCGCCCAUUUUCAACGUAACGAUCGGCACUGCCUCGCUAGGCCAGUACACCCCAUCCAACGACCAGAUUCUUGUACUGGAGGUGAUAGUAACGGUGCCAACGCGUCUCAUGACCAUCUGUCUGGUCCGUGUGGUAUCUGACCCCAUCAUCAACGCCAUUGAAAUCCGCCCCCUGCCCACUGGUGCCUAUAACGAGAGUGACUAUAGCGAGCAGCUGUUGCUGAACUACUGGCGGCUGUCUGGCGGAGGAGAUUCGCUCUUUGUCGGCUCAUACCGCUACCCUGACGACCCUGUAGAUCGGGUAUGGUACGCCGACAUUCCUCUGUUCGGUGACCCCGCCCCCGGCACCUACACCUACGCCCCCUCAGCGGCCUCCGUGCAAGUCAGCAGCAGCAACAUCACCAUCCCUCCCAGCAUGCGCAGCAACGCCGUGCCUCAGUUUGUGGUGCAAAAGGUCCGCACCACCAAGAGUCCCAACGGGCUCACUUACGUUUUCUAUGGGCUGGCGCCUGGAAAGUACCAGGCGUACCUCUAUUUCACUGACAUCAUCCCUCCCCCAGUCAACAAAACCGCCACCGCCACCAACACCAGCAGUACCCCGUCAGCCGAUCUCCUCCUGGCUAUCCUCAUCAACGGCUCGCCUCUCCUCCGCAACGCCCUCGCCCUGCCCUCCACCCCCAACGGCCAGUGGAACAAAAACACCGCCGGGCAGCUCAGCUUCGCCUUUGAUGUCGUUGGGGCGGCGGGAGGGGCAGGCGGAAAUGUUACGGGAUCGGGGGGCGGGCAGGGGAACGGGCAGGGGAACGGGCAGGGGAAUGGGCAGCAAGGGCAGGGGCCGCAGGGGACGGUGGCAGAGACGAGUAUACAGCUGAAAGCAGAGGAGGGGAGUAAGGUGAAGGAGGUGGGGCUGGCUGGACUGGAGCUGUAUGCCGUGGUUGAGAGAGAGGCUGCUGUGGCCAAGGAUCAAGUGAGCGCCCUGGCCUGCAUCAAAGCACAGCUGGGCUUGCCAGCAGCCCUGGCUGACUGGACUGGCGAUCCCUGCAACCCAAUAGUGUGGCCAGGCGUUAUGUGCAUCACCACUGCCCAGCAUUCUUCGGUCAUCGGCCUGAAUCUGACCAGUUUCAACGUUUCAGGCGACCUCGCACCAUGCAUUUCCAACCUCACCACGCUGCGCACCCUCUGGCUCGAUCACAACCAACUGCGUGGCUCCAUCCCCUCUGCUGUUGGCUCGCUCACACAGCUGAGAUCCAUCAAGCUCAACAACAAUAAGCUAUCAGGGCCAGUGCCUGCUUCUCUUGCUGCUCUUCCCAACCUUCAGUACCUGGAUGUGAGCUUCAACAAUCUCUCUGGGCCCUUCCCCUUCAACAACUCCAGCAACGUGCAGAUCGGUGUAUCCGGCAACAUCAAUCUCUGCUCCCCAGAUGGAUCCUUCAAUCUCCCUCUCUGCACCAACACCACCACCACUGAUCCCUCCUCCUUCUCCUCUCCAUCCGCCACGCCAGCGCCCGCUGCCACGUCAGCAGCGGCCAUGAGCACAGCUGUCCUCAUGGCGCUGAUCCUAGGUGUCAUCAUCGGCGUGGUACUGGUGCUCCUCGCCAGCUGGCUGCUGCUGAGGUGGCAGCAGCGGGCGGCGGAGAGAGGAGGAAGAGGAGGAGGGGGGAGGGGCGGUGAUGAUGAUUCAGGGAUGGAUGGGUUGGGGCAGCAGCCGCCUGUGGUGGUGGUGGUGCAUGGUGAUACUGGCGCUGUGACAGUGCAAACUGCAGAUUCUGCUGGGUCGACGCUCUACACGCAAAGCAACCAGGUGCUUCUCUCGCCCAAAGCUGCAGCGGGGUUGACUGGAGCAGGCUUGACUGGAGCAGGCUUGACUGGAGCAGCAGCAGCGAAAGCAGCUGCAAUAGAGGCGACAGAAACAGGUGCAAUGAAAGCAGCUGGCCUCCCAGCGCUUUCAGCCAGCCAAGAAGAGGCUCCCUUGCUGUUUCUCUCUGACGAGAAGCCAUCGGCAGCAGCAGCACUACCAGCCACAGCAACAGACGCAGCAGGAGAAGUAACCACUGCCUCAGGUGGCGAAGAGACAACCACAGCCGCACCAGGGGUGGUUGGGGCGGGCGUGGCUGGGGCAGGUGUGUUUGGGGCAGGUGUGGCUGGUAAUGCGCCAGUGGGAGCAUCAGCAGCAGCAGGGGUAGGCGCAGGUGCAGGGAAUGUAACGGCACAAGCAGCAAGUGCUGCGGCAGUGUCUUCGGCAGCGGGAAUGGGUGUGCCGGGUGCUGCUGGUGUAGCUCAAGGUUUGUCAGUUGGAGGAGCAGCAGCUGCGGCAGGUCUGGUGGCUGCUACAGGUGCUGCUACAGCCGCUACAGUUGCUACAGCUGCUGAGGCUGCCACUGCUGGUGUAAUUGCCACUUCUGCCACAACCAAUGAGACAAAUUCAGCUACUGCCAUUACUGCAGCCACCGCUGCUACAGCCGCUACAGCCGCUGCUGCUACAGCUGCCGCUGCAACCACUGCUACAACCGCCGACCAUUCCAUGACAUGUAUAGUCGCCCCUGGCUCCUCCGCCUGCCGAUUCUCCCUCGCUGCCCUCUCAACCGCAACCAACCACUUCGCACCCUCCGACAUCAUCGGAUCAGGCGGCUUCGGGCCGGUCUACCGGGGGGUGUUACCUGACGGGCGCAUGGUAGCAGUGAAAAGAAGGGAUGAUGACUCGUUACAGGGUGACAGGGAGUUUGUGAACGAGGUGGAUCUGCUGUCCCGAGCCUGCCACCCGAACCUGGUGGAGCUGGUCGGGUACUGCAGGGAGGCUCGGCAGCACCUGCUGGUGUAUGAGUUCAUGCCUAAUGGGACGGUGAGGGAGCAUCUGUACGACCAGAUGGGGCAGCAGCUUGGGCGGCUGAGAUGGCUCACCAGGAUCCAAAUCGCCCUGGGGGCUGCUAAAGCCAUCCAAUACCUGCACACGUGUCUGCAGCCGCCCAUCAUCCAUCGCGACAUCAAGACCAGCAACAUCCUGCUGGACGGGCGGCUGAACGCGCGGGUGGCAGAUUUUGGACUGUCCCGUGUGGGCCCUCAGGACAACAGGAGCCACGUGUCAACGGUCGUUAAGGGCACUGCUGGUUACCUGGACCCUGAGUACUUCACCAUCCAGCAGCUCACGGACCGCAGUGACGUGUUCAGCUUCGGGGUCGUGCUGCUGGAGCUCAUAUCAGGCCAGCAGCCCAUCGACCUCAACCGCCCACAGCAGCACUGGAGCAUCAUUGACUGGGCUCGCGACCACUUACAGCAAGGCAACAUUCGAGCGGUGGCAGACCCCACCCUCUUCCCCAACGAGUGGGACGAGGAAGCCAUGUGGCGCGUGGCGGAGGUGGGCAUGGUGUGUGUGGAGCCCAAGAGCCUCAACCGCCCGCCCAUCACCGAAGUGGUCAUGGAGUUAGAGCACGUGCUGGCGCUGGAAGUGGGUAAUGCUGUUGCUGCUGCUAACGCCGCCGCUGCUGCUGCUGCUGCUGCUGCUGGUGUGGCAGGUGGGAGGGCAGCAGCAGCAGGGGCAGCAGCUGGUUUUGGUGCGGCUGCUGGUGGCCCUGCUCCUCCUCCUGCUUUUGCAGUUCCGGCUGCUGCUGCUGGUGUGGCAGAGGGGUUGGGGAACCAGCAGCAGCAGCAGCAGGCGCAGCUGCAGCAGCUGCUGCUGGGGCAGGCUCAGGCCCACUCAGACCUGCUGAUGUCCGGCAGUAGAGUGAGUGGGGGGAGUGAAGCAAGUGGGGGCAAUGUAGGCAGCGGUCAGGGCAGGGUUAGCAGUUUCUCUGGACGGUUCAGCUCUGGAAGAUUCCGGAGCACGACCACUGCCGGACCCACAGCUGCAACUGGUGCUGCGGCUGCUGCUGGUGGGGGUGGUGCUCCUGUCGCUCCUGCAGCUGCGGCUGCUGGCAGUAGAGGGGAAACUGGAAGCACUGACAAUAGCAGUCUCAACUGGUGAACCCAAAUAGGUAGCUCGAUAUCAUUCUUUCCUGUUCAGUGACUCCGGGGAUAACCAACCACCGGAGUGUACCCUACCUGCUUGGAUGCAUAGUAUAGUGAUCAGGCACCCUGUUUCCUCACGCCGUACAUCAGUUGCGCCAAAGCACCAGAGUGCAACUCCUCUGAAUCUGCAAGUGUUACAAACUCCAUGCAAAACACGUUGCUCUCCAUCUGUUCUGAUAAUCUCCGGAUAGGAAUCAAGUAAUGCAAUAGUG